AGCCGCUCCCAGGCUUGGGUGCUCCGCAGGCUCGGUUCCGGGCGCCGGGCAGCCUCCUCCCGCCCUUUGGGCAGCCGGUGCUGUCGGCACCUUACCGGGGGGCUCCGGGGAGGGGCGGCGAAGCCUGCUUUGCCAGGGCACCUCGUUGCUCGCCCUACCCUGGCCGCCUCUUGGGGACUUGGGGCAUGCGGGAGUAGUUUGAGACGAGUCUGUUGCUUGAGGAGUUGUCGGUCCCUUUCUGCCUCCUGCGUUGCUGCUGUUACCCAUGAUAACGCUUUUCCACUGCUUGCCUAACCCAGCGCACCCAGGGGUGCCUGCCGUGUGAGAAGCCGGCCCAGCCCGGCCCUUCGGCUCUGCUGAUGCGGCUGAUGGGCCACAGUGUCAGCUGGCUGCUGAAGUGGUUUGGGUUCAAGAUGCCUCUUGAAGAGUGAUAAGCAGGGCAUAUUCUUUUAUCACUGAUCUGGUUUAGCUCGCAGUCCUACAAGCACUUGUAUCUGCAAAGCAAAGGGGAGUAGUGAAGGAAUGGGAACUCUUUAGUAUGCAGAAGGCAGAGGCAGCUUGCCACAUAAGCAUGUUUGCAGCCCCAGUCAGAGCCCUGUUGCCUAUGUCGCUGUAACAAAUUCUGCUCUGAAGCAGAGACUCUAAUCUGAAAAUGUGAUGAGAGCCAAUUCGGGCUGAGCAGGUAUACAACAUGGCCCAAACAGAGAAGAAAGGUGGACUGCUACGGAAAUCUUCAGCCUCCAAGAAGCCAUUGAAGGAGAAAGUUGUGUUGAUGUAUGAUGAGAUUUUCACGACGGAGGACCCUAGUAAAUGCAACCCGAGGUUUUGGGAGGAGCUGUUUCUCAUGAAGGUCAACUUGGAAUAUCUAGAAGGGAAGCUGGAGGCUCUGGAUGGAGAAGAGUUGAUGAAGAUAAAAGAUAACAUCAACUGCUUGUUUCAGCACUGCAUCCAGGCACUGGGUGAGGACCACCCAAUCAGAGUGGUCAAUGCUUUACAGACUUUGUGUGCGUUGAUCCGGGGUGUCCAUCAGAAGAACAAAUCCACUUCUGGUUUUGAUAUCAUCAACAUGCUUGUGGGUUUUGAUAAGGCAGAGCUAUGUAUGAAGAAUCUGAUGGAGAGCUUGGACUCACUUCUCUGUGCAGAAGGUUCUGAAAGCCUCAAAAGCUUGUGUCUGAAGCUACUUCUCUGCUUAGUGACGGUGACAGAUAACAUUAGCCAGAAUACAAUCCUGGAAUAUGUGAUGAUUAACAGCAUAUUUGAAGCUAUUUUACAGAUCCUGUCAAGCCCCCUUAGUCGCAGGGAACAUGGCUAUGAUGCUGUUGUCCUUCUUGCCUUACUGGUCAACUACAGAAAAUAUGAGUCUGUGAAUCCCUACAUCGUGAAGCUCUCCAUUGUAGAUGAUGAGGCCACACUCAAUGGAAUGGGACUUGUAAUUGCCCAGGCUUUAUCAGAAUAUAACAGGCAGUACAAAGACAAGGAAGAGGAGCACCAGAGUGGUUUCUUCUCAGCCCUAACUAAUAUGGUGGGCAGCAUGUUCAUAGCAGAUGCUGAUGAGAAGAUCUCAGUCCAAACGAAUGAAGCAAUCCUUCUGGCCCUCUAUGAAGCUGUUCACUUAAACCGGAAUUUCAUCACAGUUCUAGCACAAAGCCAUCCUGAAAUGGGGCUGAUGACAACACCGACAAGCCCAAUUCCAGUGACACCUGUCACUCCACUUGGAACCACCCCACCUUCUUCAGAUGUUAUAAGUUCUGCAGAGCUCCCUUUGGACGCUGAUGUGCAAACUAGCAACUUGCUGAUAACCUUCCUGAAGUACAGCUCGAUUGUGAUGCAGGACACAAAAGAUGAACACCGGCUACACAGUGGGAAGCUGUGUCUGAUUAUCCUGACAUGCAUAGCAGAGGAUCAGUAUGCUAAUGCUUUUCUCCAUGAUGACAACAUGAAUUUUCGAGUAAACCUACACAGGAUGCCAAUGAGACAUCGGAAAAAAGCAGCAGACAAGAACCUGCCCUGUCGCCCGCUGGUGUGUGCAGUGCUUGAUUUGAUGGUGGAGUUCAUUGUAACACACAUGAUGAAAGAAUUUCCUAUGGAUCUCUAUGUACGGUGCAUUCAGAUUGUGCACAAGCUGCUGUGCUACCAGAAGAAAUGCAGAGUGAGGCUUCAUUACACCUGGAGGGAGCUCUGGUCAGCUUUGAUCAACUUGUUGAAGUUCCUCAUGUCUAAUGAGACUGUGUUGCUAGCCAAGCACAACAUCUUCACCCUUGCUCUUAUGGUUGUGAACCUGUUCAACAUGUUCAUCACUUAUGGAGACACCUUUCUUCCCACUCCGAGCAGCUAUGAUGAGCUGUAUUAUGAAAUCAUUCGGAUGCAUCAGAAUUUUGAUAACCUUUAUUCUAUGGUUCUAAGGCUGUCUACCAAUGCUGGUCAAUGGAAAGAGCCUGCAAGCAAGGUGACCCAUGCAUUAGUCAACAUUAGAGCCAUCAUCAACCACUUCAACCCGAAGAUAGAGUCUUAUGCUGCAGUGAAUCACAUUUCGCAGCUCUCCGAGGAUCAGGUUUUGGAAGUGGUACGAUCCAACUAUGACACACUCACCCUGAAACUGCAGGACGGACUGGACCAGUAUGAGCGCUACUCAGAGCAACAUAAAGAGGCUGCAUUCUUCAAAGAGCUGGUUCGGUCCAUCAGCAUCAAUGUGAGGAAGAACCUUGCUUUCAACACUCUGAGCCAGGAACUGCUGCUGAAGGAAUUCUCUACGAUCUCUUGAAGCAGGAACUCAGCCACUGCGCAGGGCUGACCAGAGAUGGGUCUGUGUGGGCAGGGACACUACAGAUCUGCAGCCAGUCACCCCUUGCCUUCCAUCUGCAGAAGGGACUGCAUUUCUUCUAGGGGAGAGCCUUGCUGCUCUGUGUUUGAUCCCAAAGGCAUGCGUUUCAACUGGACUGGGGCUGAGGAGAGGUGAUCAACGUGCUGAAUAGGAGGAAGCAAAUUUUGUAAGGUGUCAUAGGGAUGGGCAACUCUUCCCAUGACAUAGCAGUGGGAGAUUCCCUCUGCAGCCUCAGGGAAGAUUCACUGGAAGUCUUUGUAGCAGAGCUGGGGAGAGCUCACAACCAAAAUAAUAAAAUCAGUCCAGCUGUGAGACAGUUCUGGGUUGCUCACCUGCUCUACGAGGAAAGCUCUCUGAUCCCAGGUGAGGGCUGUUUUUUUCUGCCUGGAUGAACCUGCAAUGUAGGUCAAAUCCACUGCUGUCCCAUUAGGGGCAGCUUUGGGAUAUAAAGCAGUUUCCCCAAGGAGCACAUUCGGUGCACUGCUAGCUCUUGAUGUUAGAAGGUGUCACUUGAACCAAACCAUCAAACUGCUGUAGAAGGAGAAACUUUCCCUCCAAGACUCUUGGCUUACAGGGUCCAGUCUGAGCCAGUAUGCCAGAGUAUGGGUCAUCAAAGAGAGCACUUUGUAACUGGAAACCAGCUCUGUUUGGGAUCACUGUUGCUUCCAGUAGCCCAGCUUAUCUCUGCUGUUUCUUAUGCUGAGGGACUUUUUUUAGAUAUUACGUUUCCAUGGGGUGGAGGGCAGGCUGACCCCUCUAUCCAUUCCCCUUUCCGCCCUUCAGAGACUGCAUUGUGACAAUCCUCCUCUUCCUCACUGGAACGUCUGCCUUCCACAUGUUUGCAUAUGCCUGGUGACCUUCAGGAACUAAGAACUCCCUGGUUUUUCCCAUACGUGUAGCACACAAUUAAAAUGCAGCUGGAGAAGUA